AUGUUUUACGAGGGGCUAAAUUCCUUGAGAACCAUUUUGAAGGAGAAGCCGAAUGAGUUUGAUGAGAAAGUGAGAGAUCCUGCUCGAGUAAUGAACUGUUAUCUAGAAGAUUUUAUUUCCCCUCUCUCUCUGAAUGCAAUCAAAGACGCCAUACAAGCCAAGGAUAUGGAUAUUGUGUGUUCUGAGUUAUUGGAAAUAAUUCAGCUCAUCGAUGCAGUAAUCACAGAGAAGUGUCCAGAAUCAUCAUCAUUCAAUUUUCCUAAGACCAAUGGUCUGGGCUUUGUUGAUUCCCUUCUAGAAAAGAUGAUGGAUGUGACAAGUUCUGAGGCUGGCUCGAUUGCUUUGAUCGAUCAUCCAAUUCAAAAAGUCCAGGAAGAACUUGUUUGUUUACGCUCUUUGCUGAGGGAAAUUGCGGAGCUGCACAACGAAGAUGAGGAGGUCCAGGCAAUUUGGAAUCGUAUUGUUGGGGUGGCAUAUAGGAUAGAGUUUCUUAUUGACUCCUUAAUAAGUGGAAAUGUCUUAGAUUCUUCUUCAAUGUCGACUCAUUCCAUUUUAGAAGAAAUGAACAUCAUUAAAGCUGCGGCCUUGAAGAUUUGUGAUAGCGAAAGACUUGGUGGAAAAGUUAAGGAAGUAACGAAGAGAUUCAAUCACAUGCCACAAGAAGGAAGUAAGCCAAUAGUCAAUGAUGUGGUGGUGGGAUUCAAGGAUGAGACGGCAUCCAUAAUCAAUCAACUCAGAAAUGGAUCACGCCAAGUGAAAAUUGUUUCCAUUGUGGGUAUGCCGGGAUGCGGUAAGACAACUUUGGCUAGAAAAGUGUACAAUGAUUCUUCAGUGAAGUCCCAUUUUUAUGAGCGUGCUUGGUGUACUGUUUCUCAAAUAUAUCAAAAGAGAAAUCUAUUGCUUCAAAUUUUGACUUGUAUUGAGUCCAAGCUUCCUGAGGAUGUUUUUAAGAUGGGUGAAGAAGAUCUGGCUCUUCAAGUCAAAAGACGUUUGCUGAAAAACAGAUAUCUCAUUGUUUUGGAUGAUGUAUGGGACAUUGAUGCAUGGACCGGAUUGGAAGCCUCAUUCCCUGAUGAUGGAAAUGGAAGUAGAGUUAUCUUGACAAGUCGGCUCCGUGGUGUUGCUCCGCAAGACAAACUCGACCAUGAACCAUAUUCUCUUCGUCAACUCACUCCUAAUGAGAGCUGGGAUUUGCUAAAAGGGAAGUUAUAUCCUGGACAAGAUUUGGCUCCCCAAGAACUAUGUGAAAUUCGACAGCAAGUCGUGGAAAUGUGUCAAGGACUACCUCUUACGGUUGUCAUUCUUGCCGGAAUUCUCUCAAGGAUGGACCGAUAUGGUUGGAAAGAAGCUGUGGAAGGUUUAAGUUCAAGGAAUGUUUCUAGUACGGAACAGUGUACCGCUACAUUAGAGCUGAGUUACAAACAUUUACCAGAUACUUUGAAGGCAUGUUUUCUUUAUUUUGGAGGCUUUCCAGAAGACCAUGAACACGAUACCAAGAGGUUGAGUUCUCUAUGGGUCUCUGAAGGAUUUGUUCGAAAAACUCAUCUCAAGAGAUCAGAGAAUGUGGCCAAUGAUUACCUGAUGGAACUUAUUAGCAGAAGCUUAGUCAUAGUUUCCAAACCAAGAUCCAUUGAUGGGGUCAAAGCUUGUCGCAUUCACGAUUUGUUAUAUGAGUUUUGUGUGACAAAAGCCAAAGAAGAAAAGCUUUUGCAGCUGGUACGUAGGUAUGAUGACUUGUCUGCUUUCACUGUGCCACGCUACCUACGCCGCUUAUGCAUUAUUGAUUCUAAGCUCGAGCACUUUGAGAACUUGAGGUUAUUUUCUCCUGCCAUACGCAGUCUAUUAUUAUUCAGUCACGAUGAAGACAGUUGUAGUUUUGACCUUCGAUUGGUUUUUCACAUCAUCAAACUUGUCAGAGUGUUAGAUUUGAGCCAAAUUUAUCUAGAAGACACUUUUCCUAGAGAACUAGAAUUGCUUGUUCACUUGCGAUACUUGGCAAUUCUAGAUUCUGGCGGUGAAGUCCCAGCAUCAAUAAGCAAUCUCACGAACUUGGAAACUUUGAUUUGGCGAAGUUCUGUUCAUUGGUCAGUUUCACUACCAGAUACCAUAUGGAACCUGAAGAAACUAAGGCAUUUAGAACUAAUUGAUGAGGCCAACAAAUAUUUUUGUUUUGUUUUCCCUAGAGACAAUCUUGACAACUCGUCACAGUUGCAUGACGUAGAUUUCUUGUCUUGUUUGUCUCUCGAUCUUAGGGAAAACAUCAGUAAGCUGUUGAGAAAGUUUCCAAAUAUCCGCAAGCUGAGAUGCUCUGUCAAUCUCGAGCCAGAUGUUGAAUAUCAUGUAGCAAUGGAUUGUCUAAGUCAGUUGGAAUCACUCAGUCUGAGUCGCGACCUCCAAUACGGUGAUCGGCAAUAUCAUAUAGAUUUCCAAUUUCCUUUGACUAUUAAAAAGUUGACCCUGUCUUAUGUUGGCAUGCCGUGGAGCAAAAUGGCAGCAAUUGGAAAUCUGCCAAAUCUUGAGGUGCUCAAAUUACUCGAGGAAGCCUUUGAGGGGGAAACAUGGGAAAUGGAAGCAGAGAAGUUCCCUAAUGUUCGCUUCUUGAAAUUAGCUUCCUUGAACAUUGUGAAGUGGACAGCCUCCUCCGAGUAUGAGUACGAGGACCAGGACUAUUUUCCUCGUCUCCAGAAGUUAGCGUUGGAAAGCUGUGAUGCAUUGCAGGAGAUCCCUUCUUGUCUGGGAAAUAGUUCAACUCUUGAAAUAAUCGAGGUGUCAAAAUGUCCCAACUGUACCAGUUCAUUGGAGGAAAUUCAGGAAGAGCAAAGAAGCAAUGGAUGUACCGAUCUGAAGAUCCUUAUCUCAUAA